GAGGGGCCACCUGGACCACCUGGACCUCCUGGACCCCCAGGAGACGCCGGAUCUGAUGGCGCACCUGGAUACGCUGGAUCUGGAGCAAACCCUGGACCACCUGGUCCAAAAGGUCCACCUGGACCUGAUGGAAAUCCUGGGAGUCCUGGAGCACCGGGAUCGCCUGGACAGGAUGCGAUUACAUCUCCACCUACUCCUGGAGCGCCAGGACCACAAGGACCACCCGGACCAGCUGGAAACCCUGGUCCUGAUGGUCGACCUGGAAACGGCGGAGGCAAUGGGCAACCGGGACCGAAAGGUCCACCUGGACCACCGGGCCAGCCUGGAUUCGAUGGAAAUCCUGGACAACCUGGACCACCAGGAAACUCCGGUGGAGAUGGCGAAAGGGGAAUCUGCCCCAAGUACUGCGCCAUUGAUGGAGGCAUCUUCUUUGAAGAUGGAACUCGUCGCUGAUUGUUUCGCAGUACUUAGACAAACGCUAGAAAUUAAAUGUUUCAAAAAAUCUCUUGAGUUGUAGAG